CGCGGGGGACACCAUGUACUGGCUGGCGGCGCGGGGAGGCCGGCGCCCGGCGGGGAUGUUGGGUUAACGGCAUGGAGAACAGUCACCCCCCCCACCACCACCACCAGCAGCCCCCGCCGCAGCCCGGCCCUUCGGGCGAGAGGAGGAACCACCAUUGGAGAAGUUACAAGUUGAUGAUUGACCCGGCUCUGAAAAAGGGGCAUCAUAAACUGUACCGCUACGAUGGGCAGCAUUUCAGCCUGGCGAUGUCCAGCAACCGCCCGGUGGAAAUUGUCGAAGAUCCCCGGGUCGUCGGGAUCUGGACCAAAAACAAGGAGCUGGAGCUGUCGGUGCCCAAAUUCAAAAUCGAUGAGUUCUACGUGGGCCCGGUGCCUCCGAAGCAGGUGACAUUUGCCAAGCUGAAUGAUAACAUCCGCGAAAACUUCCUGAGGGACAUGUGCAAGAAGUAUGGGGAGGUGGAGGAGGUGGAGAUUUUGUACAACCCCAAGACCAAGAAGCACCUGGGCAUCGCCAAGGUGGUCUUUGCCACCGUCAGGGGAGCCAAGGAGGCUGUUCAGCACUUGCAUAGCACUUCCGUGAUGGGCAACAUUAUCCACGUGGAGCUGGACACUAAAGGGGAAACCCGCAUGCGGUUCUAUGAACUGUUGGUCACAGGCCGAUACACCCCCCAGACCCUCCCGGUGGGUGAGCUGGACGCCGUCUCUCCAAUUGUGAACGAGACCCUGCAGUUGUCGGAUGCCCUGAAGCGCCUCAAGGAUGGUGGCCUGUCUGCAGGCUGUGGCUCCGGCUCCUCCUCUGUCACCCCCAAUAGCGGUGGGACACCCUUCUCCCAGGACACUGCUUACUCCAGCUGCCGCCUGGACACACCCAACUCCUAUGGACAGGGCACCCCGCUCACGCCGCGCCUGGGCACCCCCUUCUCGCAAGACUCUAGCUACUCUAGCCGCCAGCCCACACCCUCCUACCUCUUCAGCCAGGACCCUACAGCAACCUUCAAGGCCCGACGCCAUGAGAGCAAGUUCACGGAUGCCUACAGCCGUCGCCUUGAGCAUCAUUAUGUCCAUAAUUCUCCUGUGGUCACUGCAGUGGCUGGGGCUACGGCCGCCUUCCGGGGCUCCUCGGACCUCCCCUUUGGGGCAGUCAGCAGCAGUGGGAGCAGCAGUGGCCCUCCCUUCAAGGCCCAACCACAAGAUUCGGCCACGUUUGCUCAUACUCCGCCACCUGCCCAAGCAACCUCCGUUCCGUUCAAGUCAGCUUUCUCUCCGUAUCAGACCCUGGCACCCCCUUUCCCCCCACCGCCCGAGGAGCCCACUGCCACAGCCACCUUUGGGACCCGUGACAGUGGGGAGUUCCGGAGGGCACCUGCCCCCCCUCCCCUGCCUCCUGCUGAGCCUCUGGCCAAGGAGAAGCCAGGCACGCCCCCUGGCCCGCCACCCCCAGACACCAACAGCAUGGAGCUGGGAGGCCGGCCGACCUUCGGCUGGAGUCCUGAGCCCUGCGACAGCCCGGGCACACCCACGCUGGAGUCGUCGCCUGCGGGGCCAGAGAAGCCCCAUGACAGCCUGGACUCACGCAUCGAGAUGCUGCUGAAGGAGCAGCGCACCAAGCUACCCUUCCUGCGGGAACAGGACUCGGACACCGAGCUGCAGAUGGAGGGCAGCCCCAUCUCCUCCUCCUCCUCCCAGCUCUCCCCGCUGGCCCCCUUUGGCACUAACUCCCAGCUGGGCUUUCGCGGCCCCACACCCCCCUCCUCGCGCCCCUCCAGCACCGGCCUGGAGGACAUCAGCCCUACGCCACUGCCCGACUCCGAUGAGGAUGACGAGCUUGAGCUGGGCCUGGGGCCUCGUCCUCCACCCGAGCCAGGCCCACCGGACCCCACUGGUCUUCUGGGCCAGACAGCUGAGGUGGCUUUGGACCUGGCAGGAGACAGGACCCCGACCUCAGAGAAGAUGGAUGAGGGCCAGCAGUCCUCGGGAGAGGACAUGGAGAUCUCGGACGACGAGAUGCCCUCAGCCCCCAUCACCAGCGCCGACUGCCCCAAGCCCAUGGUGGUGACCCCAGGCGCGGCAGCUGUGGCAGGCCCUUCUGUGCUGGCCCCAACCCUGCCGCUGCCCCCGCCACCUGGCUUCCCACCGCUACCCCCGCCUCCACCACCACCUCCGCCGCAGCCCGGCUUCCCCAUGCCCCCACCACUACCCCCACCACCACCUCCGCCACCUCCGGCCCACCCCGCUGUGACAGUGCCCCCACCGCCCCUGCCAGCACCGCCGGGUGUCCCGCCACCACCUAUCCUGCCACCGUUGCCCCCCUUCCCGCCGGGCCUGUUUCCCGUGAUGCAGGUGGACAUGAGCCACGUGCUGGGUGGCCAGUGGGGCGGCAUGCCCAUGUCCUUCCAGAUGCAAACACAGAUGCUGAGCCGUCUGAUGACAGCCCAGGGUGCUUGUCCCUACCCACCCUUCAUGGCCGCCGCUGCUGCCGCCGCCUCAGCAGGGCUACAGUUUGUCAACCUGCCUCCCUACCGGGGUCCCUUCUCCCUCGGCAACACUGGCCCAGGCCGCGGGCAGCACUGGCCACCCCUGCCCAAGUUUGACCCAUCAGUGCCACCACCAGGCUACGUGCCCCGUCAGGAGGACCCACACAAGGCCACAGUGGAUGGCGUCCUGCUGGUGGUCCUCAAAGAGCUCAAGGCCAUCAUGAAGCGUGACCUGAACCGCAAGAUGGUGGAAGUGGUGGCCUUCCGGGCCUUCGACGAGUGGUGGGACAAGAAAGAACGGAUGGCCAAGGCUUCACUGACCCCUGUGAAGUCAGGCGAGCACAAGGAUGAGGACAGGCCGAAGCCCAAGGACCGAAUCGCCUCGUGCCUGCUGGAGUCAUGGGGCAAGGGCGAAGGCCUGGGCUACGAGGGCCUGGGCCUGGGCAUCGGGCUGCGUGGGGCCAUUCGCCUGCCCUCCUUCAAGGUCAAGAGGAAGGAGCCACCAGAUGCGGCCUCGUCCGGCGACCAGAAGCGGCUGCGGCCCUCAACCUCCGUGGAUGAGGAAGACGAGGAGUCGGAGCGGGAGCGGGACCGGGACAUGGCGGACGCCCCCUGCGAGCUGGCCAAGCGGGACCCCAAGGGUGUGGGUGUGCGGCGGCGGCCGGCGCGGCCCCUGGAGCUGGACAGUGGCGGGGAGGAGGACGAGAAGGAGUCCUUGUCGGUGUCCUCAUCCUCGUCAGCGUCCUCGUCCUCGGGGUCCUCCACCACCUCACCCUCAUCCUCGGCCUCAGACAAGGAGGAGGAGCGGGAAAGCACAGAGGAGGAAGAGGAGGAGGAGGAAGCGGAGGAGGAGGAGGAGGAGGAGGAAGCGGAAGAGGAGGAAGGCCCCAGGAGCCAAAUCUCCUCCUCCUCAACCUCAUCCACAUCAGAUAAGGAUGACGACGAUGAGGACAGUGAUGACCGGGAUGAGUCUGAGAAUGACGACGAAGACACAGCCCUGUCAGAGGCGAGUGAGAAGGAAGCCGGGGACUCGGAUGGAGAGACUGUGAGCAUCGCGACCUCCAAGGCCGAAGCCGCGUCCUCCAGCGAGAGUUCCGAGUCUUCCGAGUUUGAGUCAAGCUCCUCGUCCUCCUCCACGUCCUCGGAGGAUGAAGAGGAGGUGGCAGCAAGGGAGGAGGAAGAAGAGGAGGAGGAGGAAGUGAUGAUGGCCGAGGAGAGCGUGGCUCCUGCGGGCCCUGAGGACUUUGAGGAGGACGGGGAGAAAGCGUCUCUGGCCCCAGCAGCGCCUACUAGGAUGGCCUCGCUGGGCACAGAGCAGGAGGUGGACAUCGAGGCCGAGGCCCCCAAGGAGCCGCCCCCCGAGCCAGAGGAACCCCUGUUGCCUGUGGCUGUGGAGGAGCCUGUGAGCGGCAAGGAGCCCCCCGAGGAGCUGGGCCUGCGCCAGGAAGGGGCCGCGACGCCGCCGUCUCCAGAACCCCCUGUGGGGGAGGUGGAGGCCCGGCCCCCGUCACCUCCUGAGCGAGCUCCAGAGGACAACCUGGACGUGGAGCCCGAGCCCCCUGUGAUGCUCCCCUUGCCCUCGCAGCCACCAUUGCCACCCCCCCGACCCCCCCGGCCACCCAGCCCACCACCGGAGCCUGAGACUGUGGAGCCCCCUCCCCCAUCGGUCUCUCUGGAGCCUCCCACUGAGGACCAGCCCCCACGUACCCCAGGCCUCUGCGGCAGCCUGGCCAAGUCGCAGAGCACAGAGACGGUGCCGGCCACGCCUGGCGGGGAGCCCCCGCUGUCAGGGGGCAGCAGCGGCCUGUCACUGAGCUCCCCACAGGUGCCUGGUAGCCCCUUCUCCUACCCAGCCCAGUCCCCUAGCUUGAGCAGUGGGGGCCUCCCACGGACACCUGGCCGGGACUUCAGCUUCACGCCCACCUUCCCUGAGCCCGGGCCCCUGCUCCUGCCCGUCUGCCCCCUCCCGUCUGGCCGGCGCGACGAUCGCCCCGGGCCCUUGGCCUCCCCGGUGCUCCUGGACACGGGCCUGCCUCUGCCUCUGCCUCUGCCCCUGCCUCUGCCCCUGGCCUUGCCUGUGCCCGUCCUGCGGGCCCAGACUCGGGCCCCCACCCAGCUGCCACCCCUGCUGCCCGCCUCCCUGGCCCCUUGCCCGCCCACCAUCAAGAGGAAGCCGGGCCGGCCCCGGCGCUCCCCGCCGUCUAUGCUCUCCUUGGAUGGGCCCUUGGUCCGGCCACCAGCAGGUGCCCCCCAUGGAAGGGAGAUCCUGAUCCUGCCAGGCCAGCCACAGGCCCCCAUCUUCCCCAGCACCCAUGACCCACGGACCUUGACCCUGGACUUCCGGAACGCGGGGAUCCCGGCGCCCCCACCGCCUCUCCCCCCACAGCCACCACCGCCUCUGCCUCCACCACCUGUGGAGCCUGCCAAGCUGCCCUUCAAGGAGCUAGACAACCAGUGGCCCUCCGAGGCCAUUCCCCCAGGCCCCCGUGGGCACGAUGAGGUCGCCGAGGAGUACAUGGAUCUGGCCAAGGCGCGGGGGCCAUGGCGCAGGCCACCUAAGAAGCGUCAUGAGGACCUGGUGGCAGCUUCAGCCUCGCCCGAGCUCUCGCCACCCCAGCCCUUCUUCCGGCCCCGCUCAGAGUUUGAGGAGAUGACCAUCCUGUAUGACAUCUGGAACGGUGGCAUCGACGAGGAGGAUAUUCGCUUUCUGUGUGUCACCUACGAGCGGCUGCUGCAGCAGGACAACGGCAUGGACUGGCUCAACGACACGCUCUGGGUCUACCAUCCCUCUACCAGCCUCUCUUCAGCUAAGAAAAAGAAGCGGGACGAUGGCAUCCGCGAGCACGUGACGGGCUGUGCCCGCAGUGAGGGCUUCUACACCAUCGACAAGAAGGACAAGCUUAGAUACCUCAACAGUAGCCGCGCCAGCACCGACGAGCCCCCUGCGGACACCCAGGGCAUGAGCAUCCCUGCCCAGCCCCACGCCUCCACGCGGGCGGGCUCGGAGCGGCGUUCAGAGCAGCGCCGCCUGCUGUCCUCCUUCACUGGCAGCUGUGACAGUGACCUGCUCAAGUUCAACCAGCUCAAGUUCCGGAAGAAGAAGCUCAAAUUCUGCAAGAGCCACAUUCAUGACUGGGGCCUGUUUGCCAUGGAGCCCAUCGCGGCCGAUGAGAUGGUCAUCGAGUAUGUGGGCCAGAACAUCCGCCAGGUGAUUGCGGACAUGCGGGAGAAACGCUAUGAGGACGAGGGCAUCGGUAGCAGCUACAUGUUCCGGGUGGACCAUGACACCAUCAUCGAUGCCACCAAGUGCGGCAACUUCGCUCGCUUCAUUAACCACAGCUGCAAUCCCAACUGCUACGCCAAGGUGAUCACAGUGGAGUCGCAGAAGAAGAUCGUCAUCUACUCGAAGCAGCACAUCAACGUCAACGAGGAGAUCACCUAUGACUACAAGUUUCCCAUCGAGGACGUCAAGAUCCCCUGCCUCUGCGGCUCCGAGAACUGCCGGGGGACCCUCAACUAGGCCCCGGUGCCAAAACGGAAGGAUGUCAGCUGCCGCCCGGGACUCUGGAGCGGAGACCCCACGGCCCGGGGCCCGGCCCCACCUCCCACCCCCGUUUCAGGUGCUGUCCUCUGCCCAGCGGCCAUGUCAGGGCCUGGCGCCCCCAACACUACCCCAGGACCCCGCGGCUCCAGCCCCCCAGCGGGAAAGGGCUUCUCUGUCGUCCAGCCCAUGUCUCUUUCGUUUUUUUAAAAAAUGCUCCUUUCAGGAUUUUUGUUUAAGUCCCACAUAAACUCCUGUCUGUGUGUCUCUCCGGCUCUCUCCAUC